AUGGCCUUUUCGUCUGCAGAUUCACGUUUUCGGGUCAUUGCUAUCCUUGUGAUAGUUAUCCUGGUUCGACAAUGCCUCCUUACCAUUGAUGAGCCUUCCGAUGUAGGCGAAUUGUUCCGGCUCUACAUGUGCGGCUACGCACUUUACGCAAACGAAUUUCUGCUCCUGAAAAAACUCACAGUUCCGGCCUUGCCAUCGACCCCACAGCGCCUCCUUUCCGGUCUGAAGCUUCUCUUCUCACCGAGACUAUAUGUCUCUAGAAAGGCAAUUCCUCCAUUUGACUCCAAGGAGCCGAACUAUGUUCCGACACGCUCGAAAUUCCUUUGCCGACAGGCAAUCAGAAUCGCUUGGAUGGUUGCUACUUACUACUGCAUCUUUCAUCGCUAUUCCCUGCGGAUACUCGUCACUGACUAUGCCCGACCAAGAGAGCAUCUCCUCCGGCGCUUGCCACAGGUCAGCGGCCGUGAGACGAUCGUCAGGGUGUACACCGCAUUCAAGGAGCAUUUCAGAAACUAUCUCCUGAUGUCCCUUGGUCACAGCACAACCUCUCUAGUCGGAGUAUUCCUCUUUCAGGAUGAUCCAGCCGACUGGCCACCGUUAUACGGAAGCUUAAAAGACGCAUACACUGUCCGGAGAUACUACAGUCACUUUUGGCACCGAGUCAUGCGAACUGCAUUUGUGUCCAAUGCGAAGUUCCUAUUGUUUAACCUUCUGCGGGUCUCUCCUUCGGCCAUAGCAUCCAGGUAUCUGGUUUCAAUCACCGCCCUUGCUAUUUCCGGCACUAUGCACUCUGUGGCGUUUUCAACAUCCUGGAGAUGUGCAAGUCUGCGGCCUCUGUGGUACUACCUGUCGAUCGCAAGCGCCAUACUAGUGGAGGAUCUCGUACAACUAGGCUACCGCAAAUCAAUGGCGUCGCUUUCCGGAAAGGACACGACGCCUCGUGCGAACGAAAGCGGUACGCGGGCUGUCAGCAAACUACCCUUUCAUCAUGCAAAAGGCAAAUAUUUGGUUGGAUCAGAGGAUGGCCUGGGAUCCUCCCUCAAGGGUGACAGGCCAUCCCCUGCUUGGCGAUAUUUGGGGUAUUUAUGGGUGAUAUCCUUUGAAUGUUGGGCGAUCCCAAGGACGGUCUAUCCACAACUGAUCUGCAACUGGCAAGACCGUUAUUUGGCAUUGAAUCCCGGAGAGCCACUUUGA